CUGCGGGUUGGUGGCGUCGGUCGCGCGCGCCUCACAUCGGGCACCGCUGAAGUUGAGAAAGGCGAGGGAGGGCCACUUUAAUCGGCGUUCCAGACCGUGUUAAAUGUCCACACUUUUAGCGGUGUAACUUUUGCAGUCGUCGCGCCCUUGAGACGUUUAACAACGUUGCUUUCUUUCGCAAACUUUACACGGUCGGACGGUGUUGAUUUAUCACAGUUUGCAGGAGACCCGCGCGAAGGCAAUUCUACUGCCACCACCACAACCACCACCACCGCCGCGGUUGACUACCGUUAAGAAAGAAGUUCAUGAAAGUUUGUAGAUAGAACAUUACAGAGCCCCGGGGGGGGCAGGGGGCACUUGUGUGGUGUUGUUGGAGGUGAGGAGUUUCCUCAUGGCUGAGCCAGCUGUCAGCCAGGAUGGCGAAAUCGAGGGGGUCUCCGCAGAAGAAGAACCCCGGCAGCCGCGGGGUUCAGUGGCCCCCGAUCCCGAGUCGGCGGACGGUGCCGAGCCGGUCCCUGGCGGUGCCGAGCCCGGAGAAAACAGCCACGACGUGUCCCCUCCACUCGUGAGCAUCAAGGCAGGUGAGGGAUCAAGAACCAAGGGGCGUGGAGCCAGAUUAAGUCAGAAAAAUGGUGGAGCCCCCACUCCUUCACCCACCACGGCCACCCCAGCCACGAUGUCAGGCGCUGGAUGGAAAUCAUCGGGGCCUGGGAGCGAGGCUCUGCGAAGCAUGGCAAAUCAGACCAAGGUCACUAGGGACGAGCGGAGGGCCCAACUGGACGGACGUCACAAGUACCUCAUCUCCAAGCUAGCCGAUGUCCUGGGUCAGGACGAAGCCGCCGUGGAAGAUGCCAUCCUGGCGGACGAGAGGUUUGAACAAAUAAAGGAUUUCUUUGUUGCCAACGGAUCAAAGAGGCUCAUGUUCUUCUGCCAAGAAUCUACUCAGCCUCGUGACACUAUCUAUUCUCGCGGAGAGAUGUCCAUCAGUCACGUGGGAAGCAACGUGUCUCACAAGCGGUUGUUCAUCACGACAGGUGCCGACGAGGCUUUCGCAGGCACAUGCUACUUCUUCCUGCGCACUACAGAGAAAGCCAUAUCGACAGCCAACAUGGCCCAGGAGAUCAACUUUGGCGUGCUGGAGUGUCCUGAAGGGGACAUUCUACAAGGCGUGGAGAGCUUCCUCUCCUCCUUAAUGAUCCCAGCUCUAAAAUCCCAGGAGACGUGGGGAGUAAUCAAAAGUGGAGAGAACGACCCCGCCGUCGAAGUGUUCCUGGACAGCGUAAACUACUUCAUGCAGAGCCUGUCAGGAGUGCGGCAGAACAUUCAGCAGAAGGUGCAGCUGAUGGAGGCGGAUCUGGGAACCAUCCUCGACGGCGUCAUGGGUCCUGCAGACUACACGGUUUCAGUGGGGAACACGGAGAUGGUGGAGCGUCUGGAGGCUGCCCUGACAGUGUGGAUGAAGCAGAUCGAGCAGGUGCUUGUGGAGAGCGAGCAGAUCCGUAAGGAGGCCGACAAUGUCGGGCCCUCAGCAGAGCUCGUCUACUGGAAGAAGCGCACUUCCCGCUUCAACAGUUUGCUGGAGGAACUGAAGAGUGAGCGUGUGCAAAAAGUUACGGGGCUCCUUCAAGCUGCACGGUCGCGCUCACUCAAGCACUGGAAAGAGCUGGAUUCCAGAAUUACUGAGGAAGCCAGCGAAGCCAAGGACAAUGUGAAAUACCUCUACAGCCUCGAAAAAUUCUUCGGGCCCCUCGCCAAACACUCGCCUCCCUUGCUAAUACAGACCAUCCCAGGCCUAAUGAGCAACAUCCGCAUGGUGCACACCAUCUCCCGCUACUACAACUCAUCUGAGCACAUGACGUCGCUGUUCGUCAAGGUCACCAACCAGAUGAUCGCCACCUGCAAGGCGUACCUGCACCAGGGCGGGGGCAAAAUCUGGGACCACGACUGGGACAAUUUGCUGCAGCGGAUGAGUGAGUGCAUACGACUCAAUGAAGAGUACCAGCACUGCUUCCACGAGACCAAGCAGCACCUGCAUCAGAGCAACAACCCACGCCAGUUUGAGUUCAGUGAGAACUACAUCUUUGGGAAGUUUGACUCUUUCUGCAUGAGGCUGCGCAAGCUGUCGGACAUGCUGCAGACGAUGCAGAGCUUAGCAGGGCUGCAGCACGUGCGCAUUGAGGGCAUCGACAAGAUAUUCCUGCGCUACCAGGCCCUCGCCACCAACACCAAGGCCAAGACCUACGAUGUGCUCGACCACCGCAAGAGCGAGUUUGACAUAGACUACAAAGAAUUCUGCUCCCAGACUGAAGGACUCUACCAGAGCCUGCAGACAUUUGUCGACUCGUGGUUUGAGAAGUCGCUCACGACAGAGAAAAUGCUCGAGCUGCUGGGCAAGUUUGAGCGGAUUGCAGGCGGCCGCCUGCAGCUCAUGGAGAAGUACCAGCUGGUGCUGCACCGCUACGCGCGUGACAUGGACAUGGUGAGGAGAACCUACCAGAAGCAGAAGCAGAGCCCGCCCAUCCCGCGCAACAUCCCACCGGUGUCCGGGAAGAUCAUGUGGGCCCGGCAGCUGUUCCGCAAGAUCGACAUCCCCAUGAAGUUCUUGAACAACAAGCGAGACGUCCUUCAGACGUCCGAGGGCAAGAUCGCCGUGCGCAACUACAACAAAAUGGCGGCCGUGCUGCUGGAGUUUGAGCUGCUGUACCACCGGGCCUGGAGCCGCGCCGUGGACCUAGUCCGGAACAGCCUCCUCGCGUCGUUGCUCGUUCGUUACCCAAAGAAGAAGGAGUUCUUUGUCAACUUUGACCUGGCUAUUUUCGAGCUGCUGAUGGAGGCCAAGCACCUCCACAAGCUGGGCUUCCAGGUGCCCGAGGUGGUCAUUAACCUAUGUCAGAAAGAGCAGCAGAUCAAGCAGCACCACACAAGGCUGCUUGAGGCUCUUAGGGAGUACACGCAGGCAGUGUCCUCCAUUCCACCCAUACUACAGCCGCUCAUGACGCCGUGUAUUGCCCUUGUCGAGGACGCCAUCCUGCCAGGCCUCACCAUCAUCUCCUGGACAUCGCUCAACAUCGACACUUACAUUGAGGAUAUCCAGGCAGCGGUGGUGCAGCUGAAGCAGACCACCAAGCAAGUGGUGGACAUUAUGGAGUGUCGCGUGGAGGCCACGCUUUAUGACAUGUCCUUCACACCAUUGCUCACCCUCCCCGAGGAGGAGCCCCUCGACAUGCUGGCCUUCAUGGCGGCCACCGAGACCAUGGUCGCGUCCGCCACCAAGAGCCUGGCCACACAAAGCGAUUUUGUGGAGAAGUCUGUGUUGGACCUUCUCGACUUACUCAAGACGAAGCUGAAGCCUGCUGAGCAGGCCGAUAUCAAGGAUGGAUUUCCAUGCCUACACCCGGACUUGAAGCACAAGACUCGCUGCCAGGAGUGCCUGUCGUGCGCCUACUACAACUUCACAGGGCAGAUCUGUCAGCGCAACACGGAGGCGCUCGUCCGCUGCACGCGGCGCUCACUGGAUGCCCUCCGCCGCCGCCUGCAGACGGCCGGGCCCUAUGCGGAGCAGCAGAGACUGCAGCAGGGUCACACGCCCGUCUUCUGCACCGAGAUCAUGCUGGCCAUCCCCAACGUGCUGCUCAAGCCCAGCCUCGACGACUUGCAGUCGUCGCUGAACAAAGCUGUGAACGUGAUGCUGGGUAUGGCAAAGGACAUCUCGGUGUGGAAGUACGCUCACUUGCAGCAGAAGCAGCAGCAGUUGGAGAUGCAGGUGGCGCGGGAACUUGGCGACGAGAAUAUCGUCAUCAAGCAGAUAAACCCGCGGACGCUGGACAAGCAGAUCACCGAGCACAAGGACGUGGGCAAAGUCAUGUUCCACCUGAGCUCCGUCCUGUCGUUUCUUCGUGUGGAGUCCACCGAGGUCCUCAAGAACUUCUCAUGCUUCUCUAGCCUCUGGAGCCAGGAACCAGAGGAGAUGGUGAAGCAGUUUAUGACAACAGAUCCCACCAUGUCGGAGUUUAACGCACAGAUGGUGUACUAUGCUCAACUGGAGCAGCAGGUGCAGGAUUUGCCGGCACACUUUACCGUGGGGCCGGUGCUUGCCAUGACCGAGCCACUCAAGUUGGCGCUCGUGCAGGAGUGCCGCACGUGGAAGCGUGCGUUUGGCGCCGCCCUCAACCGUAAGGCGUCGGCCUCCACCGACGAGGUGCUCGCCUUCUCCGAGGCCAUGGCCAAACAUUUGGCGAGGCCCAUUUGUGACCUGGAGGAUGUGCGGGCGGCGAUGGCGGUUCUGGCCGAGCUGCGCGCCGCCGAGAUUCAGAUGGAAUCGGCCAUCGGGCCUGUGGAGGAGGCCUUCGCCAUGCUCGCCAAAUACGACCUCACGUUCCGCGACAGCAGUGCUGACCGCGUGGAUGGCCUUGCGUACUGCUGGAAGAACCUCAUGACCCAGAGUGUGCAGGUGCAGAACACGCUGGUGGUCUUGCAACCUACGAUGAAGGCCGACUUGCUGACCGGUGUCGCGCAGUUCCACCAAGACCUCUCUUCCUUCCACCUCGACUACGACACCCAGGGGCCUGGAGAGGCAGGGAUCGCUCCACAGGAGGCAAGCGAUCGACUGCAGAUGUGCCAGAUGCGGUUUGACGACCUGUGGCGGAAGUUUACCACCUAUUCGGGUGGAGAGGAACUCUUUGGGCUACCGGUCACAGAUUACCCCGAGCUGCAGCGGAUCCGCCGAGAGCUGGCGCUGCUACAGAAGCUGUACGGGCUCUACAACACGGUCAUCGAGAGCGUCGACGGAUACUACGAGAUCCUCUGGAGCGACCUCGACAUCGAGAAGAUCAACAACGAGCUGUUGGACUUCCAGAACAAGUGCCGCAAGCUGCCGAAGGCCCUGAAGGAGUGGCAGGCAUUUGAGGACCUGAAAAAGAAGAUCGACAACUUCAAUGAGACGUGUCCGCUGCUGGAGAUGAUGGCCAAUAAGGCGAUGAUGUCGCGACACUGGGAGCGCAUCACGACCGUAACUGGACACACAUUUGACAUCGAGUCGGACCACUUUGCUCUCAAGAACAUCAUGGAGGCUCCUCUUCUCACGUUCAAGGAUGACAUCGAGGACAUCUGUAUCAGCGCCAUAAAGGAGCGUGACAUUGACGCCAAGCUGAAGGCCGUGGUGAGCGAGUGGAGCAGUCAGUGCUUCACGUUUGCCCCGUUCAAGACGCGCGGCGAGCUGCUGCUUAAGGGCAGCGACACGGCCGAGAAAGUGGCCCUCAUGGAAGACAGCCUCAUGGUGCUCGCCUCGCUCAUGAGCAACAGGUACAACGUGCCCUUCAAGCCAACCAUCCAGCAGUGGGUGCAAAAGUUGUCCAAUACUACGGAGAUCAUUGAAAACUGGAUGAUGGUGCAGAACCUUUGGAUUUACCUGGAGGCUGUGUUCGUUGGUGGAGACAUUGCCAAGCAGUUGCCCCAGGAAGCCAAGCGAUUCCAGAACAUCGAUAAGUCGUGGCAGAAGAUCAUGCAGCGCGCACACGAAAUCCCGGGCAUUGUUGUGUGCUGCGUGGGCGACGAGACGCUGGCGCAGCUGCUACCACACCUGCUAGAGCAGCUGGAGAUGUGUCAGAAGAGCCUCACGGGCUACCUGGAGAAGAAGCGCCUGGUCUUCCCCAGGUUUUUCUUUGUGUCCGACCCGGCCCUGCUGGAGAUCUUGGGUCAGGCGUCAGAUCCGCACACAAUACAGGCUCACUUGCUCGGUCUGUUCGAUAACGUGAACCAAGUGGGCUUCCACGAGAAGAACUACGAGCAGAUCUUGAGCAUCCAGUCCCAGGAGGGUGAAUCUGUCACCCUGGUGGAGCCCGUCAUGGCCCAGGGGAAUGUGGAGACGUGGCUCGGCUCGUUGCUCACCGGCGUGCGCAGCACAGUGCACGCCGUCAUCCGCCAGGCGGCCGCCAUCAUUGAGGACGGUGCCUUCAAGCUGCACGAGUUCCAGACCUCCUUCCCGGCACAAGUUGGCCUCCUGGCCAUCCAGAUGAUCUGGACGCGGGACUCUGAGGUGGCCCUCAAUAAUGCUAAGAAUGACCGCAAGAUCAUGCCAGCCACCAACCAGAAGUUCCUGGACCUGCUCAAUGAGCUGAUCGACAUGACAACACGCGACCUCACCAAACGCGAGCGCGUCAAGUACGAGACGCUCAUCACCAUCCACGUGCACCAGAAGGACAUCUUUGAUGACCUGGUGCGCAUGAACAUCAAGUCGACGGCCGACUUUGAGUGGCUGAAGCAGUCACGCUUCUACUUUGUGGAGGAGACGGAUAAGUGCCUUAUCCAGAUCACGGACGUCGACUUUCACUACUGCAACGAAUACCUGGGGUGCACCGACCGCCUGGUUAUCACCCCGCUCACCGACCGGUGCUACAUCACGCUGUCCCAGGCACUGGGCAUGAGCAUGGGUGGGGCCCCAGCUGGGCCAGCAGGUACCGGCAAGACGGAGACCACCAAGGACAUGGGCAAGUGUUUGGGAAAGUACGUGGUGGUCUUCAACUGCUCUGACCAAAUGGAUUACCGUGGGCUCGGCCGCAUCUACAAAGGGCUGGCCCAGUCGGGCGCGUGGGGCUGCUUCGACGAGUUUAAUCGCAUCGAGCUGCCCGUGCUGUCGGUGGCCGCUCAGCAGAUCUACAUUGUGCUGCAGUGCAAGAAGAACAAGCGCACACAGUUCGUGUUCACGGACGGCGACAGCGUCGAGAUGGACCGCGAGUUCGGCAUCUUCCUCACCAUGAAUCCCGGCUACGCGGGGCGGCAGGAGCUCCCGGAAAAUCUCAAGAUCCAGUUCCGGACGGUGGCCAUGAUGGUGCCGGACCGCGCCAUCAUCAUGCGUGUGAAGCUGGCGAGCGCUGGCUUUCGGGACAACCAGAUCCUCAGCCGCAAGUUUUACACGCUAUACAAGCUGUGCGAGGAGCAGCUCUCCAAGCAGGUUCACUACGACUUUGGGCUUAGGAAUAUCUUGUCGGUACUGCGCACGCUUGGCGCUGUGAAGCGCUCCAACCCCGAGGAGCCCGAGAAGACAGUGGUCAUGCGCGUGCUGCGUGACAUGAACCUCUCUAAGCUGGUGGACGAGGACGAACCACUCUUCAUGAGCCUCAUAAACGACCUGUUUCCGGGCAUCACGCUGGACAAGGCGGGGUAUCCGGAGCUGGAGGAGGCCAUCCUGGCGCAGACCAAGGCAGCAGGGCUGGUGCAUCACCCGCCCUGGGUGCUCAAGAUCAUCCAGCUCUACGAGACGCAGCGCGUGCGGCACGGCAUGAUGGCACUGGGGCCAAGCGGUGCCGGCAAGACGUGUUGCAUCCACAUGCUCAUGAAGGCAAUGACGGACUGCGGGGAGCCACACCGCGAGAUGCGCAUGAACCCCAAGGCGAUCACGGCGCCGCAGAUGUUCGGCACGCUCGACGUCGCCACCAACGACUGGACGGACGGCAUCUUCUCCACGCUCUGGAGGAAGACGCUCAAGGCCAAGAAGGGCGAACACAUCUGGAUCUUGCUGGAUGGGCCCGUGGACGCAAUUUGGAUCGAGAAUCUCAAUUCCGUGCUGGACGACAACAAGACACUGACGCUGGCCAACGGGGACCGCAUCCCCAUGGCACCCAACUGCAAGGUGGUGUUCGAGCCGCACAACAUCGACAAUGCGUCGCCCGCCACCGUCUCGCGCAACGGCAUGGUGUUCAUGAGCUCGUCCGUGCUCGAUUGGAGGCCCAUAGUGCAGGCCUGGCUGCAGGGCCUACCAACAGAGCAGGCCCAGGUGCUGUGGAACACCAUGGACAGCAUCUUCCAGGAUCUUAUUAACUUUGUGUUCACUGCUGUCAACCCGAAAAUGGAUAUCUUGGAAUGCAUGUACAUCAAGCAAGCCAUCGAGCUCCUGAAGGGCCUCCUCCCCGAGGCGGACGAGCGGCGCCUGGAGCACUCGCACCUGCAGCGGCUGCUGGUGUUCGCCCUCAUGUGGUCGGUGGGGGCGCUGCUCGAGCUGGAGGACCGCGCGCGCAUGGAGGCCUUCCUGCGCGCACACCCGGCGCGCCUUGACCUGCCAGGCUCCGCGCAUGACGACUCGAUGUUCGAGUAUGUGGUUGGCGAUAACGGAGGCUGGGAGCACUGGAACACGCGCGUGCCGGAGUUCGCCUACCCCCGGGACACAGUGCCCGAGUACUCGGCCAUCCUGGUUCCCAACGUGGACAACGUCCGCACGGACUUCCUCAUGCAGUGCAUCAUGAAGCAGGAGAAGGCUGUGCUGCUCAUUGGAGAGCAGGGCACCGCCAAGACCGUAAUGAUCAAGGGCUACAUGAACAAGUACGACGCAGAGCUGCACCUCACCAAGAGCCUCAACUUCUCGUCGGCCACAACGCCCAACAUGUUCCAGCGCACGGUGGAGAGCUACGUGGACAAGCGCAUGGGCACCACGUACGGCCCGCCCGCCGGCCGCAAGAUGACCAUCUUCAUCGAUGACAUCAACAUGCCCAUCAUCAAUGAGUGGGGAGACCAGAUCACAAACGAGAUCGUGCGGCAGCUGAUGGAAAACAAUGGCUUCUACAACCUGGAGAAACCUGGAGAGUUCACGACGAUCGUGGACGUGCAGUUCGUGGCCGCCAUGAUCCACCCGGGGGGUGGCCGCAAUGAUAUUCCACAACGCCUCAAGCGGCAAUUCUGCAUCUUCAACUGCACGCUGCCCUCCAAUGCCUCCAUCGACAAGAUCUUCCGCACCUUUGCAGAGGGACACUUCUGCCCCGAGCGCGGCUUUCCCGAGGAGGUGAACCAGCUAGCGGCAGCACUCGUCCCCACCACGCGCCGCUUGUGGCAGGCCACCAAGGUCAAGAUGCUGCCGACGCCGGCCAAGUUCCACUACAUCUUCAACCUGCGGGACCUGAGCCGCAUCUGGCAGGGGAUGCUGGUGGUGAACAGCGAGGUGUGCCGCUCAUCCGAUAUGCUGCUGGCGCUCUUCGGCCACGAGUGCGUGCGUGUCAUCGCCGACCGCUUCACGGCGCAGCAGGACAAUGACUGGUUCAACGGCACCAUGAGCAAGAUCAUGUUGGACGACCACGGCACGGCAGCGGCCGCGUCGAUGGAGGCUGAGGUGUACUUUGUGGACUUCAUGCGCGACGCCCCGGAGCCGACAGGCGAGGAGCCCGAUGACGCCGACCUGGAGGCACCCAAGGUGUACGAGCCGAUCCCGUCGUUCCCGCAGCUCGCCGAGCGCCUGCAGGCGUUCCUGGUGCAGUACAACGAGAGCGUCCGCGGAGCCAACAUGGACCUCGUCUUCUUCGCGGACGCCAUGGUGCACUUGAUAAAGAUCUCGCGCAUCAUCCGCACGCCGCGCGGAAACGCCCUGCUGGUUGGGGUUGGCGGGUCGGGCAAGCAGAGCCUGACACGCCUUGCGUCCUUCAUCGCUGGCUACUCUAGCUUCCAGAUCACACUCUCCAGGACCUACAACAUGAGCAACCUCAUGGAGGACCUGAAGCAACUGUACCGCAAGACGGGUCAGCAGGGCAAGGGCGUCACGUUCAUCUUCACGGACAACGAGAUCAAGGACGAGGCCUUCCUGGAGUACAUGAACAAUGUUCUGGCCUCAGGCGAGGUCUCCAACCUCUUCGCCCGCGACGAGAUCGACGAGAUCACACAGGAGCUCAUUCCGGUGCUGAAGAAGGAGCACCCACGGCGGCCGCCCACCAACGAAAACCUCUACGACUACUUCCUGUCGCGCGUGCGUGCCAACCUGCACGUCGUGUUGUGCUUCUCUCCCGUCGGCGAGAAGUUCCGUGCGCGCGCCCUCAAGUUCCCGGCGCUCAUCUCAGGCUGCACAAUGGACUGGUUCCAGAGCUGGCCGCGUGAUGCACUCACGGCCGUCGCAGGCCACUUCCUGGCCGAGUACCGUGUGGAAUGUACACCCGAGGUGAAGCGCGGCGUGGUGGACGCCAUGGCCGUUUUCCAGGACAUGGUAGCGGAGCGCUGCGUCGAGUAUUUUGAGCGCUUCCGCCGGCAGACGUACGUGACGCCCAAGUCGUACCUGUCAUUUAUCGGCGGCUACAAGAGCAUCUACUCGGAGAAGCUGAGCAAUGUGGCCCUGCUGUCGGAGCGCAUGCGCACAGGCCUUUCCAAGCUGCAGGAGGCCGAGAAGUCAGUGAGCCAGCUGUCACGCGAGCUCGAGGUGAAGGAGAAGGAGCUGGCGGUGGCGUCACGCCGUGCCGACGAGGUACUCUGCGAGGUCACCUCAAAGGCGCAGGCAGCCGAGUCCGUGAAGCAGCAGGUGCAAAAGGUGAAGGACAAGGCCCAGGCCAUUGUGGACGAGAUUGCCGCCGACAAGGCCGUGGCUGAGACGAAGCUGGAGGCUGCCAAGCCCGCUCUGGAGGAGGCCGAGGCUGCCCUGCAGACCAUCAAGCCUGCGGACAUUGGCACGGUGCGCAAGCUGACCAAGCCUCCACAUCUAAUCAUGCGUAUCAUGGACUGCGUGCUGCUGCUGUUCCGCCGCCGGGUGGACACCGUGACGCCUGAACCCGAGCGACCAUGCAUGCGGCCCUCCUGGAGUGAGGCCCAGAAGCUCAUGAACUUCUCCGGAUUCCUCAACUCAUUGCUUACCUUCUCUAAGGACACCAUCAACGAGGAGAUGGUGGAUCUGCUGAUGCCGUAUAUGGAUAUGGAGGACUAUAACUUGGAGACGGCCAGGAAUGUGUGCGGGAACGUCGCGGGCUUGUGCUCCUGGACCAAGGCCAUGGUCACCUUCUUUGGCAUCAACAAGGAGGUGCUGCCGCUCAAGGCCAACCUGAUUAUCCAAGAGUCACGGCUGGCGGUGGCGCAGGGAGAGCUGGAUCGCGCGCAGGCGCAGCUAGAUGAGAAGCAGCGUGAGCUGGACGCGGUGCAGGCCAUGUACGACACAGCGGUGCGUGAGAAGCAGAUCCUGGUGGACGACGCCGAGGCCUGCCGCCGCAAGAUGAACAAUGCCACGGCGCUAAUCGAUGGCCUCGGCGGGGAGAAGAUUCGCUGGACAGAGGCGAGCAAGCGCUUCCAGGACCAAACGACCCGACUGGUAGGGGACGUGCUGCUGGCCACAGGCUUCCUGUCCUACUCGGGGCCCUUCAACCAGGAGUUCCGCAACCAACUGCUACAGCUGUGGCGUCGCGAGAUGAACGUGCGCAACAUCCCCUACACCAGCGACCUUAACCUGAUCGCCAUGCUGGUGGACAAUGCGACGAUCGGUGAGUGGAACCUGCAGGGGCUGCCCAACGACGAGCUGUCCGUGCAAAACGGCAUCAUCGUGGCCAAGGCUUCGCGUUACCCGCUCCUCAUCGACCCUCAGGGCCAGGGCAAGAUCUGGAUCCGUAACCGAGAGAAGGACAACCUGCAGGUGACAUCGCUGAAUCACAAGUAUUUCCGCUCGCACCUGGAGGACAGCCUGUCGCUGGGCCGCCCCCUACUCAUCGAAGAUGUGGGUGAGGAGCUGGACCCCGCGCUUGACAACGUCCUCGAGAAGAACUUCAUCAAGUCCGGCACCACCUUCAAGGUGAAGGUGGGCGACAAGGAGGUGGAUGUCAUGAAGGGCUUCAGCCUCUACAUCACGACCAAACUGGCCAACCCGGCAUACACACCCGAGGUCAGCGCCAAAACGUCCAUCAUCGACUUCACCGUCACCAUGAAGGGCCUGGAGGACCAACUGCUGGGCCGUGUCAUCCUCACCGAGAAGCAGGAGCUGGAGAGCGAGCGCGUGACACUGAUGGAGGAGGUGACGGCCAACAAGCGCAAGAUGCAGGAGCUUGAGGACAACCUCCUGUUCCGCCUCACGAGCACCCAGGGCUCCCUGGUGGAGGACGAGUCCCUUAUUGUGGUCCUGCGUGUCACCAAGGCCACGUCUGACGAGGUGAGCGAAAAGCUGAACAUCGCAGCUGAGACAGAGCUGAAGAUCAAUGCGGCACGUGAGGAGUUCCGCCCAGUGGCGAACCGUGGCAGCAUCCUGUACUUCCUCAUCGUGGAAAUGAGCCUCGUGAACGCCAUGUACCAGACAUCGCUGCGCCAGUUCCUCGGCCUCUUCGACCUGUCAGUGGAGACCGCGGCGCGAUCGCCCAUCCCCACGAAGCGCAUCGCGUCCAUCAUCGAGACGCUGACGUUCGAGGUGUACCGCUACACGGCGCGCGGCCUCUACGAGAGCCACAAGUUCCUCUUCACGCUGCUGCUCACGCUCAAGGUGGACCGGCAGGCCAAGCGCAUCUCACACGAGGAGUUCCAGACGCUCAUCAAGGGUGGUGCGGCGUUGGACCUAAACGCCGUGGAGCCCAAGGCCAAGAAGUGGAUCCUGGACAUGACGUGGCUCAACUUGGUGCAGUUGUCGCGCUUGCCUAACUUCAGCCAGCUGCUGGCGCAGGUAUCGAACCACGAGCGCGCAUGGCACGCCUGGUUCGACACGGAGGCCCCCGAGGAGAACCCGCUGCCUGAUGGCUACGCCACGUCGCUCGACACGUUUGGCAAGCUGUUGCUUAUCCGCAGCUGGUGCCCCGACCGAGUGAUCGCGCAGGCACGACACUACAUCUCGGAGUCGAUGGGGGUGCGCUAUGCCGAGGGGGUUAUCCUGGAUAUGGAUACCAUGUGGGCGGAGAGCGACUGUCACACACCGAUGAUCUGCUUCCUGUCCAUGGGCUCCGACCCUACAGAGAACAUCGAGCGUCUUGCCAAAACUAAGGGCGUACCGUGUCGCGCCAUCUCCAUGGGUCAGGGCCAGGAGGUGCACGCCCGUCGCCUGCUGGCGCAGUGCAUGCAGGAGGGCGGCUGGCUCCUCCUGCAGAAUUGCCACCUGGGCCUGGAUUUCAUGGACGAGCUCCUAGAGAGCGUAACGACGGCCGAGGGAACCCACGCUGCCUUCCGAACGUGGCUGACCACCGAGGGCCACCCGCGCUUCCCCAUCAACCUGCUGCAGUCCUCCAUCAAGUUCACCAACGAGCCACCGCAAGGCGUGAAGGCUGGGCUCAAGAGGACGUACGCCGGCAUCACGCAGGACCAGUUGGACAUCAACAGCCUCCCGCAGUGGAAGCCACUGCUCUACGCCGUCGCGUUCCUGCACACCACCGUACAGGAGAGGCGCAAGUUCGGGCCGCUGGGUUGGAACAUCCCGUACGAGUUCAAUCAGGCGGACUUCACGGCGAGUGUGCAGUUUGUGCAGAACCACCUGGACGACCUGGACCAGCGGCGCGGGGUGAACUGGAGCUGCGUGCGCUACAUGCUGGGCGAGGUGCAGUACGGCGGCCGCGUCACCGACGACCUCGACAAGCAGCUGCUCAACACGUUCUCGCGCGUAUGGUUCGGGGAGUCCACCUUCGCCGACUCGUUCUGCUUCUUCCGUGGCUACAGCGUCCCGCGCGGCCGUACCGUCGCCGACUUCAUGGCGGCCAUCGAGGCCCUGCCCCUCGUCGACUCGCCUGAGGUGUUUGGCCUGCACCCCAAUGCCGACAUCACCUACCAGACCAACAUGGCCAAUGAGGUGCUGAGCGAGAUCGUCAACAUCCAGCCCAAGGACAGUGGCGGUGGAGCCGGGGAGACCCGCGAGAGCGUGGUGCGCCGACUUGCCGACGAGAUGCUGGAGAAGCUUCCGCCGGGAUACAUCCCCCACGAGGUUAAAUCCCGGCUGCAGAAAAUGGGAAUCUUCCAGCCCAUGAACAUCUUUCUGCGGCAGGAGCUGGACCGCAUGCAGCGUGUCAUCAGCCGCGUGCGAACCACGCUCGUCGACCUCAAGCUGGCCAUCGACGGCACCAUCAUCAUGUCGGAGGACCUGCGAGACGCUCUGGACAACAUGUACAACGCGCGCAUCCCGGCUCUGUGGCAGAAGAUCUCGUGGGACUCGGCCACGCUCGGAUUCUGGUUCACUGACCUCCUCGAGCGAAACUCGCAGUUCAACACCUGGCUCUUCCAGGGUCGGCCGCACCAGUUCUGGAUGACCGGCUUCUUCAACCCUCAGGGAUUCCUGACAGCCAUGAGGCAGGAGACGACGCGGCAGAACGUGAGCCGCGGCUGGGCCCUGGACGCUGUGACGCUGCACAACGAUGUGACGCGCAUGAUGCGCGAGGAUGUGACGGGCUCGCCGCCCACCGACAUCGGCGGGGUCUUCGUCUACGGCCUCUUCCUGGACGGUGCCGGCUGGGACCGGCGCAGCGGCAAUCUGGCCGAGGCCCUGCCAAAGGUCCUCUUCACGCAGCUGCCUGUGGUUCAUAUUUACGCCAUCAACACGGCUCCCGCGGCUGACGCCAAGGGGGGGAAGGCAGUGGCGGUACAGCAGCAGCAGGCGGCGGUGCCGUACUCGUGCCCCGUGUACAAGAAGCCGCGUCGGACGGACCUCACGUACAUAUUCCCGUUGCUGCUCAAGACCACCCAGAACCCCGACCACUGGACCCUGCGUGGGGUGGCGCUGCUCUGUGAUACAAAAUAACUCGUGCGCACGCUUCGGGCCAGGGUGGUGUGAAACGUUGGUAACACGUGUCGGAGCAUGGCAGCAAUUAGGCACGCUACAGAUGCUUUAAUUGCAAGUUGUUUCUUUCGCUCACAAUACCUGCGUCAAAUUCAAAAUCGUGCAGGGGAGAAUCGAUUCAUAUUUAUGAGAACGAUAUGCAACUGUUACAUUAAUGCUGAUGGCGCGAAUAAAAGUGUGCAAAUUUAAAGUUGAGAAACAAUACAUACUACAAAAUAAUUUAUUUUUUAAUGGGAUUCAAGGGCCCAAAUCGUAACAAUGCCAUUGCUUGGGUGAUCAAUCGUUACAUAUGCUUAGCAGCAAUGCAUUGGAAAUGCCCAUUCUUUCUCAGAAGUGGUGAUAUUAAACGCACUAACAGCAUUAAUUGCGUUAAAUCCACUCAAAUCUUGUAGUUCAACUUUCAGCCAUGUUACUCAGUUCUUGUUCGUCCUGACCCGUGCUCAAAACCUCACGCUUGUUGUUUCGCAGUCGCAGUCACCACUAUUGUUGCCUACCUAAGUGGCUCACAGGUCAUUUGGGAGAGCCACUGUAUCAAGUAGGCACUGAUAAUGUGCGUUUGUUUGCACUUUACUGUUAGUUUAAAGAGCGAGCACUUUUAAAAUAUAUUGUGAGUUAUAUGCAGAACUUUACAGCAACUUUGCCUUUUCUCAUAUGCUUAUUAAGAAUACACUGUGCUCUUAGACAUUAAAAGCUUAUUUGUUUGCACUUA